AUGGCCUGGCCUCUAUACAACGACAACACUUGGAUGCCUCAGAACCAGAGCCAAAGUGAAUUCUUCCCAACAACCCACAACAACCUAUCUCAAAACACGAUCUUCGCCACUUUAUUCGAGGAUGUUCCUCUACUUCCUGUGGACCAAUACUGGAACUAUACCAACUCGAGCUUCGUCUACCUAUAA